AUGGACUCAUCUGCACCGAAGUGGGCUGUCUUUAUUCCAGAAAAUCCCGAGUUCCAAACUUCUGGUCAUACACGGAAACGUGUGAAGGACAGCUGUGAUCAAUGCGGUGUUGCUAAAGUCAAGUGUGGCAAACAAAAACCAGUGUGUACCCGCUGUCGGAACAGAAACAUCGACUGUUGCUAUAGCCUUGCGCAGCGCUCCAAAAUAUCCAGAAGCUUUUCACCAGAACGAGGGCAGAGCAAAGAAUCCGAUCUGAGCUACUUCAGUCUGCAGCCUGUGCAGUCGUGGUCAAAGGACCCCGAUUUGGACGACAACAUUAUUGUUGACGACAACAGCAUGCAUGAACACGACUUCUCUACCGACCUUACUGACAUAUUUGACUUUGUUGGUGACGGCUUGGGCAGUUACAACCUGGACUUCGACCUUGGCUUAGACAAACAACUUCCAUGUGGCGAAACAUCAACUUCACACGACGGUCGAAAUGCCACCUUAUCUCCUGAAAUCCCCGAAGAGAUUGUCAACAAUUAUGCCUGGCGAUCUUGUCAGAUGGCCGCAUCAACCGUGCCAAGCAGCCUUGAAGGUAUCAUAAACCUUCUGGAAACUCAGAACCAGGUCCUACCAGAGCCUCCUUUUAUGAGUCUGCACAGUCGCCGGACUCGGCCAGCUCCAAAUAUCAAUUUGCCUAAGAGGGUCACGGUGCAAGGGAACGUCCUCAAUUCAUCUCCUCAACACCCUAUAAAGAAAGACUGUAUGUCUACCUUACUAGAUAUCAUACAAAGCGGUCAUCUAGCCGCGAAUACAUCCAUGGGACUAUGCGGAAAACAACAUAUGUCCGAUUUGAGUGGCGCUCAGACUAUGUCGCCACAAUUGCUUGAGUCCGCGACCAACCAUCCUGCUUUUGAUACCUCCAUACCAGACAAAUUGGCAACUAUUCUCUCGUGUAGUUGCUGCAACCAAAGACAGGUUCAGCUCCUUGUGGCAACAUCAUUUCUUGGCGUGCUAGAUUGCCUAUCUGUUGCAGCCUGCUUGACCAUUAGCGAGACCGGCUCCUCGUCACAGAAUACAGUCUCACCACCUCAGACACCGCCAGUACUACGCGCAGCCUCAGCAAUCGGAAGCCUUCGGAUGGAGUCCUCACACAAUAAACACAUAUUGGCUAGAUCUUAUGCUCAAGAAGUACUGAGCCAGUUACCACGUUUAGUGCAUCUUGUCAAGACUUUUAUCACCCGCUGCAAUGAUGAGUCUAGUGGAGGAAUCAUUCCCGAUAUCGAAGCCCUCUUAAAACUGAAAGUGAAAGAGGCCACAAAGAAGAUUGUAGCGGCUUUGUGA